AUGUACCUUAUCCUUUAAGAAGACCAGGUCCAAGUUAAGAUGACAGAAAAAGUGAUAUUCCUUUGGAUUAUAACUUAAAGGAAUUUAAUUUUGCAAGUAAAACUUUAACAAAGAAAAUAAAUUGGAGUGAUUUAAGAGCAAUAGCAUUAAGUGAUUCUUUAGAUAAAGGAGUAAUAUUUGUAGAAACAAAUGAAGGAUCAGUAGUUGUUAAAGGAUAUCCAAAUAUUNAAGAAUAAUGAUCUUAAUACCCUCUAUAUAAUAGAUUUUGGUUUAGCGAGAAUAUUCUAACCUGGUAUAUUGCAAUAAUGGACGAAGGCAGGAACUGUAUAAAUAACUUAGAUAUAUUUUUCAAGGCAUAUUACGUUGCUCCAGAGGUUUUAGAUGGCAUAUAUGAUAAUAAAUGUGAUUUAUGGUCAAUUGGUGUGAUAUUAUACGUUUUGUUAUGUGGAUAUCCUCCAUUUUAUGGAGAAACAGAAUAAGAGAUAUUAUAUUCAAUUUAAAAGGGGAAGUUUGAUUUUGAUGGACCUGAAUGGAAGAAUGUAUCAUUGUAAGCAAAAGAAAUAAUAACUUAAUUGUUAACACCUUAUUAAUAAAGAUUAAGUUUAGAACAAAUUUUAAAACAUGAUUGGGUUUAGAAAUAUGUUUAAAAGGGUGAAGUUAUACUAACAAAAGCAAAUAUUGAAAGAUGGCAAACAUAUCAUUAAAUUAAAUAAGUUGGUUUACUCUAUUUAGCAACAUAAUUAGAACAAUGUGAAAUAAUUAAUAUCAAAAAUGGAUUUUUAUUUAUGAAUAAAUCUUAAUCUGGAAUUCUGACAAAAUAAGAAAUUGAAUAAUAGAUAAAGUAUAAAUAUUAAGACUUAGAAUAUUAUUGUAAGAUUUUAAUUAUAUAAUUUAUUAGAAUUCAUUGCUAUCUGUUUAGAAUCAGAUGUAUAUAAAAUAGAUAAAUAUUUAAAAUUAAUGUUUACAUUUCUAUCAUAAAAUGGUCGAAUAACAAAAGAGACUUUAAAAGCAGUUGAAAUUAAUCUUGAUUGUAACAUAGAUUAUCAGCAGUUCAUAUAUUUAUUUUGA